AUGCUGAGCGCAAGUCUUCUCGGCUUCGCCGCCCUGGCUGUGUCCCUGUGCAAUGCCAACCCCAUCGUGGUCGUUUCUCCUCCGGUCUACGCGGAGCGCAGCAGCAGCAGCAACCUGGCUCUUCGAGAGGCCAUGAACAUGGCUGCCCGAGACGCUAGCCUGCAGAAGCGUUCGGAGAUGUCUGUCAACCUCGACCAUGGCCUGGACGAAGUCACUUUAAUCAAAGGUUCUUGGAGUGAAACUGUCGAUGGCAUCAACAACACGGUCAGCGUAAAACUGGAAUGCAUCGAGUGCUCCACGACGGGUACUGUGUCUGCCAAGAUCAAGGGCAGCAUCCUCAAGCCGAAGCUCCGACUAGACUUUUCGGGUGUCGCGGCUUUCAUCGACCUGGGCGUCAAGGUGGCUGACAAGGCCACGUACACGUACACGAUCUUUUCGUCGGAAUCACCGGUGGGCAUCUCGCUGCACGACGUCAGCCUCGGACUCGUCUUCUACGUCGACCUCGUGCUCAGCCUGUCAGCCGAGGUCGAGCUGGAGGGUGGCUUCUUCGUGCAGGUGGGCAACGACUCGUACCUCGAGGCAGACAUCCGUAAGGGCACGAUUGUCGACUCGCUCUUCACCGACACCACGGUCACGGCCAUACCCAUCACAGUUAGCAGUGGCGAUGCCACCUUCAAGGCCGACCUGCGGCUGCGAGUUGAAGCCGGCGCCAGUGUCGACAUUCUGGGCGCCGGCCUGGAUGCCGAGCUCGGCAUUUACGCCAACAUCCUCGAGUUCAUCGUCGAGGCCCAGAACACGCCCGCUUGCGAUGUCAUGUUGUCUGAGACCUGGGACAUCAACGCCGGCGCCUUUCUCGAUGCUGACGUCGUCAUCAACUACUCCUCUUUUGGCGCUGUGCCCACCAUCUCCACCACCCUCUAUCAGGGCCCGACUGCCACUCAGUGUAUCCGUACUACCAGCAGUGCGACCACGAUUACGACUGCCUCUGCUUCUGCGUCUGCAAGUUCCAAAUCGCAUGUGCAUACGAAUGCGACUGCAACUGCAACUGCUGCCGUUGUCGAUGCCGUGCGUCUCGUCGUCGGCGCUCAUGCCAACUCGGCGAACUCGUUCAGUGCCAACGUCAAUGCUUCUGGCUCCAGCAUUGCCUUUCCGCCAGUCACGGCUUCUAUGCUAUCCGGUGUUGCUUUCCCAUCUGUCACCGCUUCUUCUCCGGCCAGCAGUGCCGUCUCGGUUGGCGGCCUUAAGCCUCUGUUUGCCAACACGACCGCAUCUGUCGCUGCCUACUCGGGUUCUAUGGCUGCUGCUGCUGCCGCCACCACCGUCGCUCUGGGCUCCAACGGCACGACGCUGACGUCCACCAUCUUUGCCACGUCGACGUACACCAUCACCAGUUGUGCGGCCUCGGUCGUCAACUGUCCUGCUUCGCUCCAGAACAAGAUCAUUAUCACCGAUGUCGUCACCAAGACUGUCGCCAUCUGCCCCGAGGCCAGCACCACCAUCAUGCUGUCUUCGUCAAAGUCUGUACCGGUCGCCAAGACCACGACAGCUUCCGCUUCCACCAGCACCGUGACCGCCGUCACCGCCGUGUACGUUCUGGUGCCCCUCGAGACGCCCAUCGUUGCCACCUUCACGGCCCCGACCUCUGUCGCGUCUGUGUCCAUUUCGGUCAUCGGCGCCGUCACAGAGAAGGAGACCGCCACCGUCGUUCCCGUCCUCGCAACUGGGGGCGCCAAUUACGGCAACGGCUCGAAUGAAAAGGCCGUCCUCGCCGUGGGCGAUGUUGGGCCAACUGCUUUUGUCCUCCCAACGGGCAGCGCUGCCGUUUUUGCCAGUGCUGCAAGCUCUGCUGCGGUCAGCAUUGCUACGUCUAAUUAUGUUGCCUUCGCCGAAACGGCUUCCCUCGGCGUCACUGCCAGCGCCAAACCUGCCAGCACGGCAUCACCGACGACCACUUCGGCUCAAUCGGCUGUGACAGCUGUUGUAACAGCUGCCGCUGGCCGUGUCAUGAGUGGCAGCUUUGCUGCAGUGGUUGGUGCUAUGUUUGGCGCCCUGCUUCUGCUGUAA